AUGAUGACUCCUAACCCUUUCACAAUCUUCCUCUAUCUCCACCAACAUCACUAUUUCACCAAAACCCCUUCCAUUCCCAUUCCCAUUCCCGUUCCCGUUCCCUAUCCCAUCACAAUGCAACCACAAGUUUCUAACCUCAAUCCAAACGCUCAACCCUUCUAUCCACAACACAACCUUGUAGUAGUAACACCUAAAACUCAAUCCAGUGUUUAUGUACCAAAACAAACCAAGAAAGCCUCUCGUCGUCGUGGAAAUGUUACACAGUUUCCCAACACCAUUGAUGAAGCUCAAGCAUCGCGCAUUACCACGGUAAUGAUCCGACACAUUCCUAACCAAUUAAGGUUCGAGGAUUUGCUGCAUGUUCUUGAUGAACAUUGCUAUGAGAUCAACAAGUCCGUUGAAGAUCCUGCAGAUUGGUCCAAGUUCGAUUUUCUUUACUUACCCAUGGAUUACAUGAAGCAUGCUAUAGAAAGAAGAAUGUCUAAUUUGGGAUAUGCAUUUGUGAAUUUUACAACACCUUCUGCUGCUUUCAAGUUCUACAAACAGUUUCAAGGAUUCCAAUGGAGUGUGUCAGAGAAUCGCAAGAUCUGUGAAAUUACUGCAGCUCAUGUUCAAGGCAGAGAUAAGUUGGAGAGGAUUUUCUGUCAAAAAGUAUUCCGAAGCAAUAGCCAAAAAUUUCGUCCGGUUGUAUUCUAUAAAGGGCGUGAUGGUUUCAAUCGCAGAAUGAAGGGAAUCCCUCUAGGAAUACAUGUAAGGGGAUUGCCUUUCAGUUGA